UUUCAUUAUACAUAUUUUCAAUUACAAGCACGAAUCUCACCGGUUGAAUCGCUAUGAAAUAAGAUGGUUACUCUAAUUAGCCUUCUCUGCAAUCUCGAAAACAACUGCUCGCUAUUAAAUAUUUGGUCCAAUCAAUUCUGAGCACUCAUCAAUUCAUGGUCCCAACCACACCCCAUUUUUUUUUUCUCUUAAAGGAAAUUAAGCAGCCUAUAAUUUAUCAUCCUAUCACAGUGCUCCUUCUUGAUUCAAAGUUUCAGCUAGCUGGUAGUUGGUUGCAUUCACGUAAAUUAGGCGAUUCAAGGUUUCAGAAUAAAUAUCAUUCAGUAUGUUGUCGGCCGGAUCAACAGUUUUUCCUUGCAAAGUUAAGUGCCUUCAUCAGGAGUCCUUGUUCAGAUUUCAGCCUGCUGCCAUCUCAAAGCAAAAGCAUGAACAGCUUUUUCAGAGAAAUCAAACCUUGCCAUUAUCAGUCAGCACUGGCGGCCUUGGAUUGCAGACUAAUGGAAUCAGGAAGAUGAACAAUAUGGCCGUCUGCUGCAGUUUAGAAUCGGGGGAACCACCAUUUCCUUUUAAUCUUAUUCCUGGUUCCAGCAACUGGCAACUGUGGGCUCUGGGAACGGUAAUAUCAGUAUUCCUACCCUUCACGACCAGCAAAUGGGGGCCAUUACUAAAACUGAAAAAUGAUGCCGACAACAUACUAGAGGCAGCUGAACAUAUUUCGGAUGUUGUAGAAGAAGUAGCAGAGAAAGUGGAAAAGAUAGCAGAUGAGGUUGGUGAUCAGCUGCCGGAUGGUGGAAAACUUAAAGCUACUCUUGAAUUGGUUGAAGAUUUAGCCGAAGAAACAGCAAAGGACGCCCAUCUUGCAGGAGAUCUCAUUGACAAGGUGCAAGAAAUUGAAGACAAGAUGGAAUCGUUCAUGGAAUCAGUCGACGCUAAAGGCAAUGAGAAACACAAGGAAGCCUAGCUACCUAGGAUAUCUCUUUACAACAUUAUUAUUAGAAGUUAAUAUGCAUGUUUGUAGUUUUAUAAUUUUUUUUUAGAAAUUAUGAAAGAUAUUAAGAGUGAACUUUUUUAAUUUUAUAAAU